UGUGGUGCCAAAUAGAUCAAUGAGAGAUCAGUAGUAAAAUGGUUCACCUGCAGACGACACGACCAUUGGGAAUUAUAUGUCUUCUAUUAGCCAUUGCCGCCGCCGCCAUCACAUGCUGCAAUGGUUAUCCUCGAACAGAGAACGACAGAUUGGCCAAAUGGAUGGCCCCACUGAAGCAAUACGGUUGGAGUGCCGAGCACUUAAAGAAUAAAGUGGAACAUGGUGAUGUUACAACAUUCGAACUGGGCACACCCAACUAUCAGAUAUUGAAUCCAGAGGAUGAACCCGAAUACAUAACAGCCGAUCAGCCUCACUAUCAGCAGAUGCUCAAGGAGUUGACUAGUGGCCAAAAUGGUACUGAUACCAUUGACAUGGAUAUGAUUAGUAAAUCAUCUAAUUAUGUUCCAAUCGAGGCACCAGAAAAAACCCUCGAAAAGUGGGAAAAAUUAAAAAAACGCAGCUCAGAACCGAAAAAGGAAAACGAAACUCCAAUUCCAUCUAUCCAGGCGCAACCAGUGGACAUUGAUAUGACAGUUGAACAUCCGAGAAUACAAGUUUUUAAAGGUGCUAAACCAUUUCAAAGUCAAAUUGCCAAUUUAAGUUAAAGUGAUGCCAAAUUAAAAAUGCUUUCAUUGCUCCAAUAUUAAAGUGGCAAAUUAGAGCAAUGUUAAGAUUAUGCGAGAUACGAAAUAAUUAUAAAAUAAGU